CUGAGAAAAGUACUUAUGGAGGAACUGGCAAAAUUCAGGUUGGAAAUGAAAGCUUUACCUGUCAGUACUAGUACAUUAUCUUCAGUCAGUUGUCCCGCUGGAUGGACUCUAUUUCAAAGAUCCUGUUAUUUCUUUGGGUACGACUAUGGUAACUGGACUCACGGGAAAAAUCAGUGCGAAAGAAAGCACGGGAGCUCAAAGUAUCUUAGAAUAACAAGUGAAGCAGAAGAUACCUUUAUUCGGGACUACGUGAGAGGUCAAGGACUGACCGACGUAAAAACACGUGAUUUCUGGAUUGGAGGAACCGAUGCCGUACGGGACGGGGUGUUCUUGUGGGAGGGACACUUUCAGCAGUUUACGUACACUGACUGGGGUCCCGGGAACCCUGACAGAAUUGGUUCAGCAGAUUGUGUUAUCCUGUUUAAGCGCUCAGACUAUAAAUGGCAUGAUACCAGCUGUUCUAAUGACAACAGUUAUAUUUGCGAAAUUGAGUCGUAGAUUGAAUAUGUAGCUACAUGUACCAGUAAUAAUUUAUGUAUAUCACACAAAAUAUAUUUUGUUGAAAAGGUGAGAGCA